AAUAAAUGUCACUCGUCCAUAUAUCAUAACGUCGGAUAAAUUUGCAAUAUAACAGACACUCGUUAAAGUUCUGUAAAAUACUCCGGCUAAAAUUUAAAAUAUGAAGAAAUGAAAUGAAGGAUCAAUGAAACUAAGGAUCAAUAGUUUAAGUAUUAAUAAUUUUUUCAAAAUUGUAUCAUGAUCUCCCAUGUUUUUUUUAUGAAAAAAAGUGAUUGGAUGCCUCUUGACUCGCGAUAUAAUUAUCACUGCUUUAAUUCGUCAAGCGAAGGUUACGAAAUAUGAAAAGAGGGACGAAGUGUGUCGUACAGACUAUUAAUCUGUCCAAUCCGAAAACAUGCAAAAGACCGAAGGUUAAGAGAGUCACUAGCGCGAAUGUGAAUUCUCGCAAUCGUGCAAGUGCUAGAUCAGCGGCAGUUAAAGUUUACUCGUGGAAAGACGCCCAGUGGAGGUAUCCGUCAAAGCCCUGCGAACCUUUUCCGGAGAAGUCUCGGCCGUCUAUGACCAGCUCAGUUCUUUACAGGACUGUGGUGUUUUUUAUAAAAGGCGCUAUCGUUGCUUGUCUCAUCUGUUGGACCUGUACAGAAGGCCUUUGGGGCAGCAAUAUCGAAACGGAAGAACUGUAUUACAGAAUGAUGAGCGUGAUUUUCCCUGAUCAGCAGGUAAAUAAGCAGACAAAUUUCAAGGAAAUAAAAUACUCCGUGUUCAAAACGUACAAUAAUAUGUUGAUGAAAGGCAUAGAUGUCAUGAUCAGCGUGCCACGCGAUGCGUAUCGAAGACUGCAAGAAUUCUUUUCCCCUUGCAGUGAAACGAACGAAAGAGAGAGGAGACGAAAUGCUUUGACGAGAAUUGAGUAGAAAUACCAUUUCGCAAAUUGUGCGUGUCAAAUUUUGAGAUACCGAUGUGGAUGUACAUCAUACGAUAUUUCCUUUACAAAAAAUUUAUAUGAAACUUUUAGUUUGUUAC